AUGUCCAAUGUCAUCCAGGUGUACAAUCAUGGCCAGCCCGUGGAGAUACCGCAAGACAUUAUCCCUCUGGGAAGGUCUAGAAGCAGAUUGAGGUCAAAGCAUCGUCUGCUAGCUAUAUUUAGGAGAGAUAUCGUCAACUACUAUGCUGCUUCGCGAGAGGGCAAUACCGUCCUAUAUUGUCACUUGCUUGGGUGGAUGGAGGCUGAGCUAGUUAAAGCAGCUCAUUUGGUGCCCAAAUCCCUAACGGGAGAAGAAACGUCGUAUAUCUUCGGAGUGGAUGAGUUUAUUCGGUUCGACCCUCGCAAUGGUAUCACGCUGAACAAGAAGAUCGAAGCCGCACUGGACAACGGAACGAUUGUAAUUAUUCCAGUGCCAGGCACAACAACGAAGUGGAAGUGUAUUCUUGUCGACGAAAAGUUGCGGAAGGAGACUUGUGUCACACUCCGUGGCCAAGUGAAGUGGGAAGAACUCGAUAACAAGGGACUCGCGUUCCUGACCCAAAACCACCCGCAAGACGCUACUUAUGAUGUGGACCAUACUCCUGUCUGUUGUGGAAGCCAUUUGAUGGUUCGGGCUACUCCUCGCUCCUGAAUAGCGUGGGAAGAAAGACAUGUCGCUUCUCUCCAUUCACGUCUUCUUUAUUCUCUUGCUAAAUUGCCGAUAACAGUCGGCUACAAUUAAUAUCUCUCUUUCUAUCCUCUCUCUGUCCCUCUAUUUUCUCUUCCCCUCUUCUUGUCGCUAAUCUGUUGCUGUAUUCUUGUUUCUCCAUCGCUGCUGUAUUGCUUGGCCACCAGGAGACAUCCGAUGCUGCCAUCAUCCUGCCCUUCAGAUAUACGGACAAUGUCGCUUAGAAGCUGCUUUUUUCUAUACCUUUCUUCUCCAGGCCCUCGACAAAAUAGUCGUUUAUUCUAUGCCCUUUAUUUCCUACUAUUUCUUACUUAAGAAUGCUUAAAGUCUUUGAUAUUAAGAGCCUUCUGAUUCUUCUUAUGUGGUACAUGAUUAAUGUCCACUUCUACAUUAAUACAUAGUAUCACUAUAUUCUCACUUCUCAAGAGAAGGUCUUAG